UACAUACAUGCAACUGUGCGUGUAUGUGUGUUGUCUCGUAUUUUAUUUAGUCAAUUUUGAAGCGGUCUUCAAAAAUAUAAAUUAUUUUCCCUCGUCCCCAAAAGUAGAUAAUUUGGAAUAAGUGCAGUGCUACGCAUCCCUUCGAGCAGCAUUCUAUUGAACUGCUCAUCAAAUAUGGAAGUCGAGGCCACCAAAGCGGUCGACAUGGCAGAGGAUGGACAAGACGUUGACACUGCCACAAUCUUGGCCAGCACAACUACAAAUCUGCAAGACAAUGAAGUGGAUUCGACAUCCGCUGUUGCAUCAGUGAAUGACACAUCGCUGGAAGAGGAGGCCAAUGGCUCGCCACGCAAGUCCCGCAGCCGCAGUCGUAGUCACAGCCAUCAUAGUGCAAUCGAUAGUUCACGACGCUCACGCAGCGGCUCUGGCGGCUCUAGACGUUCGCACAGUGGCUCUGCCCAACGCUCACGCAGCGGUUCGCAUCGUUCACGCAGUGGAUCAGGUUCCAGGCGCUCCCGCAGUGGAUCCCAUCGUUCACGCAGCGGUUCCAGGCGCUCGCGCAGUGGCUCCCAUCGCUCACGCAGCGGCUCCAGACGCUCCCGCAGUGGCUCGAAGCGCUCACGCAGCGGUUCCCACCGUUCGCGCAGUGGCUCGGGAUCCAAUCGAUCGCGCAGUGGCUCUAGACGUUCACGUAGCGGCUCGGGAGUUCGCUCUCGCAGCGGUUCUCGACGUUCGCGCAGCGGAUCGGGUUCAAGACGUUCACGCAGUGGCUCCAGACGUUCACGCAGUGGUUCUGGAUCUCGACGUUCGCGCAGCGGCUCCGGCUCGAGACGUUCGCGGAGUGGUUCUGGUCGACGCUCGCGCAGUGGCUCCAGGCGUUCACGCAGCGGCUCUAGGCGCUCACGCAGUGGAUCUGGUUCUGUGCGCUCCCGCAGUGGUUCAGGCUCAAGGCGCUCACGUUCUCGUAGUGGCUCACGGCGUUCCCGAAGCGGUUCACGUCGCUCUCGCAGUGGAUCACGUCGCUCGCGCAGUGGAUCGCGUCGUUCCCGCAGUGGAUCGGCUCGAUCACGCAGCGGAUCGCGUGCCAACAGUGUUGCCUCGGGCAAGGAGAAACGCAAUGGUUCACGUAGCAGUCGAUCACGUUCAAAGAGUGUUGCCGAGUCCGUUGGUUCGCAAAACGAAUUCAAUCGGAAACGCGUUAUUAACAGCGAUUCGGAAGACGACGCACCCAAGCUGCACAAGAAGCGGGCUAAGAUUACAGACACUGAUAACGAGGACGAGGAUGAGGGAAAGGAGACUGCUGCUCUGGCCGAAAAUGCACAAGAAAAGAACGUCGAAAGCUCCGACGAUGAGAAUACGCCACUGCACAAUGAGCCAGAGAACAGCAACUUUGUAUCCGACUUUGAUGCCAUGUUGAUGAGGAAGAAGGAAGAGAAACGUGUGCGCCGACGCAAGCGUGAUAUCGAUCUGAUCAACGAUAAUGACGAUCUCAUUGAUCAGUUGAUUAUCAAUAUGAAGAACGCAUCGGACGACGAUCGACAGCUGAACUUGACCGGAAAGCCGGCAACAAAGAAAAUUUCAAUGCUCAAACAAGUGAUGUCACAACUGAUCAAAAAGCAUCUACAGUUGGCCUUUUUGGAGCACAACAUACUCAAUGUGCUCACCGAUUGGUUAGCACCAUUGCCAAACAAAAGUCUACCCUGCCUCCAAAUUCGCGAGAGCAUUUUGAAACUGUUAUCCGACUUCCCAACUAUAGACAAGAGUUAUUUGAAGCAGUCGGGCAUUGGCAAGGCUGUGAUGUAUUUGUAUAAGCAUCCAUUAGAGACCAAAUCAAAUCGUGAUCGUGCCGGACGUCUGAUUUCGGAAUGGGCUCGUCCUAUAUUCAACCUAAGCUGUGAUUUCUCAGCCAUGAGCAAAGAGGAACGUCAAGAGCGUGAUUUGGCCCAAAUGUCGCGCAAUCGUCACAAGAGUCCCGAGCCGGAACCCGCCAGUUCAAGUGAUCCGCAAUCAUUAAAUCAAACCUUUACCGGUGACGAUCAACUACUGCGUCCCGGUGAUCCUGGCUGGGUGGCUCGCGCCCGAGUUCCAAUGCCCUCAAAUAAGGAUUAUGUGAUUCGCCCCAAGUCAACCGUUGAAGGCGAAAUAUCCACAUCCACUAAACGCAAGCCCAAUCGUUAUGAGAAACAUAUGAAACGGUUUUUGGACUCGAAACGCUCGAAGGAAUGCCGUCGUGCCGUUGAAAUAUCUAUCGAGGGUCGCAAAAUGGCGCUAUAAGGACACGGAUAUCAUUACCACUUAGUUAUUUUAAUACUUUUUUUUUCAAAUGAAUGAACGCAUCAAGAAAAACAAAAGAGAUGAACAAAAUUUAUAUUGAUUUUGUAAUAUAGAAAUUUGAACGAACGCCUUUAAGUGGAUAUAUGUACACAGAGAUACACGAUUGGAGAGCAUUCAAAAUUCAAGAUUAAAACAACAUUUCAGACAUUUGCAAACAA